GCAAAAAUGCAGUUAGAUUCCAACACAGAGAUAAAACAGAUGGAACAAAGCUCUUCCCACCCAUAUGUUCUUAUGAUCUGAAGCAAGAACAUAAGGCUGCACUCUUUGUAAAAAAUUAACCAACAUAGUAAAGUCCGAUAAAUCAACUAGAUCUAAGCUCCUGUUCGGCACAUCUCAGAGCAACCAUGUCUGAUUUUACUAAUGCCAGUGAAUAUGAAAAGCAGUUUGAUCCUAGGCUGUAUUUGGAAACAUAUUUUCAUUUAGGAUCAGGAAGUCUAGCAGAUGAUUUCUUGAGGUUCACUCUUGGAAAUUUCCACAAGACUUUUACAGAAGGUGAAGUGAAGGGAACGACACUAAUUGAUAUUGGGACUGCACCCUCCAUAUACCAGCUACUAUCUGCCUGCGAAUACUUUCAGGAUAUUACCGUCACAUGGUACACUAACAGAGAGCUGCAAGAGUUGCAAAAAUGGCUGAAUAAAGACCCGGGAGCAUUUGAUUGGUCUUCGACAGUAAAACAUGUUUGGGAACUAGAGGGGAAAAGAGGAAUGCUGGAAGAAAAGGAAGAGAAAUUAAGAGGAAUGAUUAGGCAGGUUUUACUGUGUGAUGUUAGUAAAAAGAAUCCAUUGGAGCCUGUUACAUUGCCCAAAGCUGACUGUCUUAUAUCAACUGUAUGUCUAGAAGCUGCCUGCCGCAAUUAUGAUUCUUACAGAACAGCACUGAAGAAUCUUUCUACACUGCUCAAACCAGGUGGUCAUCUCCUGUUGGCUGGAGAUUUGGGAGCCAAUUACUAUGAGGUGGGCUCUAAUAAAGUCUUCUCUCUUCCUGUAAAUGAGACAUUCCUGCGCAAAGCGGUGAAUGAGAGUGGCUAUGUUAUCAAUAAGCUGGUUUCUUUUGGGAAGCCAGAAGAUGCUGGGUAUGAUACUUCAGAUUAUGAAGGAUUUUACUUUAUUCAUGCACAGAAAUGCUAGUUUGCAUUUGCAUCAUAUGACAACUGCUUGGUCAUUUUAUCAUAUGACAGCUGAUUAUAUAAAAUGAUAAACUGCAUUGCUUACUUCCAUAAACUGUCAUUGGAAGUAAUACAGAUUAUAAUAGAUUUUACUCUAAUCAAGCACAGCAAUGCUACUUUGCUCAUUUAAUCAUGACAACUAAUUGUACAAAUGAAAAGCAAACUGCAUUGCUUACUUCCAUUAAACUGUUAUUAAAGGUUAAUAGCAACUCUG